UUAUCUGACAGCAGCAGCUGGAGGGAAACACACUGUGGGGAAGGCAAGGAGGAGGCUGCCCACUGGCUGCCUGUGUGCUGCUACCAGGGAGCUGCACGCCCGGGUAGUGCUCAGAGGCCAAGGGUGUCUGAGAGCACAUGGAAGCGGUUUCCACCACCAGGAAUCCAGCAGGUUUCCCUGGGAAGGGUGGGAAUGAAGGGUGCAGUGUCUGACACCGGGCUUGUGUCCCAGCAGGAAAAUCAGAGCAUCCCACCUUCCCAGGGCUGGCCAGGAAUAGCUGCUGCUGGCUUUGCCCUUCAGUAUCGCCAUGGAGCGGGGUGUUCUGCUGAGCAGCAGAAACGCUGUUCCCAGCCAGCAGGCUGAGGUCUGCCGCCUCCCAGUAGCUGCUCUCUGCCUGCGUCUCUGUAAGUCAACCUUGCCAAAGCCUUGGGGAGCGCUGGCUGUCGUCUCACUGCUGGGUUUUAUGGAGGCUCUCGGUGGGUUUGCUUUUCCCUCUUGCCCCUGAGGCAGGUGGGAGCAGGUGAGCCCUACUGUUGGUAAGGCAGGAGGGGAACGGGGCAGGGGACAGGCCCUUUUUUGAAGCUGUUCUGCUGUGAAGUGUCCCCACGGCUCCUCCUUGGCACCUCAGACCUUGGGGUUGGGCUCCAGGUGGUUUCUCCCGGUGCGACCCCGUCCGGGGCGGGGAUGAGCUGGAGCGUGCUCUUGCAUCAUCCCGGUGCAGAAAAAAGGUCCUGCUCCCACUACCCUCUCUUCCCCUCCUCUCCCUCCCGUUCCCCCUCCCCUACCACCCCCGGCGGGCCGGGCCGGGCCGGGCCGGGCGGGGCCACGCGAGGCCUCCCGCCCCCCCUCCCUCCCGCCCCCGGCGGGGAUCCGGCCGCAGCGGCUGCCUCGACGGAGCCGGACCCGGAGCCGGAGCCGGACCCGGGCAGCGCCGCAGGAUGGGUACUGCAGGUCCUGCUGCCCUCCCCAAGCACAUCCUGGACAUCUGGGUCAUCGUCUUGAUCAUCCUGGCCACCAUCCUCAUCAUGACAGCCCUGCUGCUCUGCCCAGCCACUGCUGUCAUCAUCUACCGGGUACGGACUCACCCCAUGCACAACGGCAUUGUGUGAGGCUGUGGUGAAGGCAACAAGGGACGGACAGCCUGCUGGGCAGGGGGCCACAGCCACAGGACCCUGUGCUAGGGACUCCACAGAACCUGAUGGGGCACCCCAAGAGAUGGGGAGAGAUGGGUAGGAGCCCGGUUGGGCCAGCUCCCAGGUGCCUGCCCUUGGACCUGACUCUCACUGGGUGAGCCCACUGCCUCCUAUUUACCCACCAAGCUCAUGGGGAACAUCAGGGAGAUGGUGGCUUUGGCACCAGCAGGGAGAUGUGUGACUUUGCAGACGUGUCCAGCUAGAAAUGUCUCGCUCCCGUGAGGCAGGCAAGCUAGUCUCACCUUUGCUGGCGACCCCAUCUCCUCCCAGGCAAGCAGCAAGGCGUGGAAAUUCCCAGCAAAGUUAUUUCUUCUUUGGAGUGCCAACUGUUGGGGUGGUUGGGAAAGAAGGGUCAAACCAAGAUGGAUGUGGCUUCUGGUUCUGCAUUCCGAGACUUGGCUAAAAGCAUCCAUGACAGCCUGUCCUGGCUGCACAGCAGAUGUGCAGCUGGCACCGGCUUCUUCUCUAUCAAAUAUCUACUUAAAUUGUAGGGAAAUCCUACAGGGUGCUCAGUUCCUCCGGGUCUCGUGGGGCAGAGGAACGUGGGCAGCUCCUGCCAGCCUGCUGCCUGCAUGCCAGCUGCACUCAGCACCCCUGCCAAUGGCAAGGGCCCCCACCACUCGCCUGGCACACCAACCCCAUUGCGGGGGUCUGUGCGCCCUUCGCCCGGGCAGGCAAAGUGGGAGGAGUGGAGGGGUUUGUGCCCAGGCAGUGGCAAGGGACCAUCUGAGCUCUUAUGUUGCCCCUUGCUACCAAAUAAACAGACUUUAUUCUA